AUGUCAACACGGUCAGAAGUCAUCACAAUGCCAGUUGUAAUGAAGGAUGAGAAGAAGUAUGCUGAAUGUGUUGAUGUUUUGGAUCAGCUGGAGAAAUGGACCCAUGAGAUAUAUUCAGCUGCUGAUCUGUGUUCUCCUGAGCCUGAAUCCUCCAACGAAAUCACCCCUGUAAUUACAGCCCAUUCCAGACCUGAUCAACCUGCCUCACAUGUACCACCUGCUGCAACCGAGAGUGAUCCAUUGCAUGGUGUGAAAAUACCAUGCUAUGGAGAUCAACUCACCCGUGUCAGAUUUGCUGGUGCGAAAGAUCUACGUGCUGGGUGCCAUUCUCCAAAGCAAAGGUUGGAUCAUCUGUACCCAAGCCUGAGGUGACUAAUUGUUUUAGUGUAAAUUCAUUAUUGAAAAAGUUUUAUUUAUAAAUACAACUAAUACAUGUGUUUAUUUUUUAAUAUAAUUUGCAUAUUAAAUAAUUUACCUGUGUUUGAUUUUUAGCUAUUUUUUUUGGGAAAAGCAAUAGUUACUGCUCAGAGCAGUCUGGGCAGUAACUAUUGCCUAAGAGUUACUGCUGAGGGAGCCAAUUAGAAUGCUCAAAGGCCAUUUUUCAAUAUUGAAUAUAUAUAUAUAUAUAUAUAUAUAUAUAUAUAUAUAUAUAUAUAUAUAUAUAUAUAUAUAUAUAUAUAUAUAUAUAUAUAUAUAUAUAGAAAAUGUUUCAAUGUGCAACCAAAAGAGACAUUUAUAACGUAAAAUAAAAUAAAAGCCACUCAAAUUUUGCACAAACGUUUUCGCUUUAAUGUUAGCUCCUCAGGUGCAUAUUUACAAUGAGUGCAUGAAUUUAGUUUAUCUAUUAUCUACGUUCUAUGAUAUCAUAUUAUAAUAACUAUGUUAGGAAUGCAUAUAUUUACAUGGUGUGAAGUCACCCGUUAAAAACAUUCUAUUGAUCUAAAUGUAAGCAUAAACUUAAUGGUUUUUUAAUUAGCGUUCAGAUCCGGAUUCAGUAUAUUGAUAAGUUCUUUUUCUUUCAUCUCCCUAAAAAGUCUGUCCGUGUUAAUGCAUUGAUAUAUAGGCAUUAUUUUGAAAAUUCCGUUGUUACACAUAUUUAAGUGUUCGCUUACUUUUAGAUGUCUAUACUCUUCGUGUCGAAUUUGUUCCUUGUGUAAUGUCACUCUUUUUCGUAAGUUUUCUGUCUGGCCGACGUAGAAGCUGUCGCAUUUUGAGCAAAUGAUCACGUAAAUGACAUAUCUCGCUUUGCAGUUCAUCGUUGAAUUGACUUUCCAGGUUUUUCCGCUCUUUAAUGUAACAGACUUUCCUGUGAUUAAAACAUCGCAUGUUCCACAUCGCUUUUCCUCGCAUUUUGUUACACAGUGUUCUCUGUCCUCUGAAUUGAACUGUGCUUUUGUCAAGUAUCGCUUCAAGUUCUUCGGUUGGCGUUUGCUUACAAUGAGUUUUGUUCUGUCUAAUACUCGUUUCAUUUUCUCGGAAUUGUUUAGAAAUUUAAAGUUCUUCCUUAUUUUUUCAAUUACUUGAGGAUUGUUGGGAUUAUGAGUUAUUACUAAAGGCAAGACAUUGUCAUCAGUUUUAUGUUUUGGUGCCCUCAAUUCCUCAAUGUUUUUUGAUGAAGCCUUCUGUAUUCCGUUUUUUAUAAGCAAUUUCGGAUAGUUCUGCUUUUGUAGGAAAUAUUCUAGUUCAUCAAGACGCUUCUUCUUUAAAUCUUGAUUUGUUACAAUUGCACAGAUCCGUCUUGCCAGUGUGUAGGGAAUGUUUGAUUUUGUAUGUCCAGGAUGACAUGAAUGAUAAUCCAGAUAUUGGUGUGUGUCCGUUUGUUUGUAUGUAUAUCACUUUCUAACCGUUCCGCGUUCUUGUAGAGUAGUAUAUCCAAAAACGGUAGUUUCUUAUUGUCAUAUUCCAUCGUGAACUGUAUUUUUGAAUGGAGCUUCUGUGUUGACAAUUAACCCACACUGAACACAUGCAGUCAUUAUGAGUUCAUCAAAAUUCUUUUGGUUCAAAUAAUUUUAAAUGGCAGUCUGCUCAUUACUGUUUUCUCACUGGCGUGCUUCUGGGGGCUUUGUAGCAUUACUUGCUUGCAAAAGCAUUUUGCUUAGAAGUGAUGUGGUGAAAACAUUUUUUUUCCGUUUUAUUACUGUGCUAAAAUGUGAGGCUUUUGACGACCUCGUCGUUCAUGAAACCAAAGUUUCCUUUGUGACUGACUUCUUGUAUUCCACUAGAUUCAAUGUCAUUCAAUUAAAGAAGCCUGUGAUGUUGAUUCAUCAUUCUAUGUAUAUACAUGAACUAAAUGAAAAACCACAACUUAAGCGAAAUCAUUUUUAUCAAAUGCGAGGUGUUAUGUUUGCAUACAGCGUUAAUUGGGGAAACUUUAUUGUUUACACAAACAAAGAAGUAUUUAGUGAAAGAAUUUACUUUGACCGUGAAUUAUGGUACAAAACAAUGUUACCUAAACUUACUUAAUUUUAUUUCACAUAUAUUUAUCCUAAACUAGCUACUUAAGAAAAUAUUUUAAAAUAAUUGUUCGAUAUUUCAUUCUGAUUCGCACUUAUCGUUUAUUAAAGGUGGGUAAAAUAGAGUGAGGUAAGAACAAAUUACCCAUACUUUGUUCAAGUCUGAUGACAUCUUCAGUGGAAAGACAUUUUUAUAAUUAUAAAACUAAUAUUUAUGCCUUGUAUUGCUCUUUCCACAUGCACUCUCAGUGCCGCAAUCUUUCGUGUAUCGUUUUCGGCGGUGAGUGAAAGUUGACUUCCACCAUUAGAAAAGUUGGUAUGUUGAGACCAACACCAGCAGGGAUAUCAUCUGCUAUAUCAAAACCCCUAUCUGCCAUAAUGUCAUCUCCCGACUCAAGCAAAGUGAAAAUGCCAUAAUCUUUGGUCACUUGUUUAUCAGAAGACUUCCAGCAUACAUUUCAGAUACAAACGUUGGGUACUCACCAGGGGAAAUUCUUAGGAAAACCUUACUUCUUAGGAGUUAGGAUGCGUUAUCCAGUCUUAGUAGAUGUCAGGGAGCUAUCGCCUUAUUCAACAUCUCCGUUUAUUGAACACAGCAAAUUAAAGUAAGGCGAUCACUAUAUCAUUAAUUUGUUAAGUCGGAACUGUGCUAUGGCGCGGAGAUAUGAUCAUGCACUAGCUGUUGUAGAUCUGUCUGAACUAUUGGCGAACAUAUACAUAUUAUGUAAUGAGGGUUAACCGUAUCGGGAACUCGCACUCGAAUGCUACAUUUGUUAUUUAUUUGAUUUUAUCACUAGUCACUAACUAAAAUUAAGUCAACACUACGCUAAAUACUUCGACAGACUUUGAUUUAUAGCCAGCGUCUGAGGCAAGUUGUAAACGACCUACCAUAUUCUCUGACUUUGUGAUUUACAGCAUCGCGUAACAUAAUUUACUGUUUACUGCAGAAGCCAUAUUUCAACGGGAUAUGCAAAUUACGAAGGAAGUGGAAUAAAUCAAUGUCCGUGAUUUCUGGCCAUGUACUAUACAUCUGGAACACAUUUCCAAAAAUAAACUAACAUAUCAUAUUAUAUAUAUAUAUAUAUAUAUAUAUAUAUAUAUAUUCAUAUAUAUAUAUAUAUAUAUAUAUAUAUAUAUAUAUAUAUAUAUAUAUAUAUAUAUAUAUAUAUAUAUAUAUAUAUAUAUAUAUAUAUAGCUUCAGAUUUUGGUUUACGAAACACAAACAGUGCUCAAUACCAUAUAGAUAGAGCGUAAUAUAGUUUUUCGUUUUACCUCAAAGAACCACAACAGUCUGUUUCAUCCGUAUAGGAAGCAUCAGGUGGUGAACCCUAUACGGAUGAAACAGACUGUUGAUGAUUCCUAUACGGAUGAAACAGUAGUAAGUAGUAAUAUAGGGGCCGUUUGACCCUUAUUUUCAGGGGGCCGCAGGGGGCCGCAAGGGGGCCGCAGGGCCGCAUCAUUAUAUAUGCAGGUAAUUAAGGGUUCCGCACAAAUGAGGGUGCGUAGUGACGUCACUCAUUAACACACGUCAUAAUUAUAUGCAAUGACGUCACGCGGGCGAGCUUAAACACGAUCGGGCGAAACUUGCUGACUACGCAUUUUUUAGCGUCCCUCCUCAUGUAUGAUACAAUACAGGGAUUAAUGUUGGCUUACUAUGAUUGGUUGAUUGAUUUAAUGAGCGUCUGUAUAAAAUCGACAAGCGUCUUGUAACAAGCAUAGUUCUGCAUUUGACAACUCUCUUAUUGGAGGUCUUUUUGGUAGCUGGUUUUGUUAAAUAUUUCUUUGGAGAGAAGUACUUGAGAAAGAAUGGCACAACGACAUCUAGAGAAUAUUGGGUAAGUUUAAUUUAAACUGAAAAUUAAUAUAAUAUCCAGAGUUUUGUGUAUGUAAUUGACUUCUAUAUUUUGUAGGAGAGAUCAAUUUAUGAGCGAACUGGAAAAUGACGAGGUCAAUCGCCAGCUUUGUGCCGUGGACACUUUUUCUUGGUCACCCGAAACUCAGGAGCAAAUUCUGGCUGAAUGGAACGACUGGCAAAACGAAUCGGAGAAGUCGGGGUUAUGUUGUUCUGAAUGUGGCAAAACGUUUACACGGUCCAACGACCUAAAGCGCCAUACUAGACGAAUACACACUGGAGAACGACCAUUUAAAUGUAUAGAAUGUGGUAAAGAUUUUGCGUCUCGUAACAAGUUGAAACGACAUGAAAAAAUCCACAAGGAGAAGUCAUUGGAAUGUCAUAGAUGUCAUAAGAAAUUUAAUCGCAAGGUAGGUUGAUAUUACAGGACUAUUGUGAAUUAUUUCGAUUCUAUUUGAUAUUGCAAGCUUUUCCUUUAAGGACAAAUUAAACGACCACAUCAAGACGCACGAGAAACGUGGUGCCGAAAGGGAAUAUACAUGUGGUGAGUGUGGUGAGGUGUUUCGAAACAUAUUCCCAUUCCAAGCCCAUCAACAUGAUGUCCAUCAAGUUGGCCGUGGGAAACGUACGAAGACGUCGACCGGGCGAACGAAGAGACAAAGAAAUGAUGAACCAGGUAUGUAUAAAUGAAAAUAUUUCGAUUACUAACUUUGUAUUUAUACAGAUAUUUUUUUCUCUUUUAAGAACCGCCAAGACCUUCGACAUCGGUGAACGAAGGUAAGAGAGUAUAUUCUGUGUAAUAAUUUGAGUUAAAAUCACACUAAUACAUUUUUUCUCCUUUUCAGGAGCUUCCACUUCUACAGUGCAGUCGUCAACGAAGGUAUGAAAUUCAAUUUUUAUACCGUAUAUAGUAUAUUGAUUGUGGUGAUUUGCUGUGUAUAUCAAUAUAAUGUUAAUUACUCGGCUUUAAAACAUUGCCCGGAGAAGGACUUUGAGAUCCUAACGUUUACAUUUGAAGAAUAUUUUCAUGUUGUUUCACUGAUGUUUGUGUUUUGAAAACCUGAUAAAAAAUAAUCGAGUAAUUUUUAAGCGUGGGUUUAUAGUGUGAAAUUUGCAUUUUCCUAAUCAUUCAUAUUAGACUUAUGUUCAUUUGCUUUAGAACAAUUAAUUUUUAUCAUUGUACGAGCAUUUAAGCUACAUCAUUUUUAUAACAUUCGCUAGCGUUUUAUAGUGAGGUAAAAAUAAUCAAGUAAUUUUUAUAGCGUGGGUUUAUAGUGUGGAAUGUUCCUAAUCAUUCAUGUUAGACUUAUGUAACAUUCGCUAGCGGUUUAUAGUGAGGUAAAAGUAAUUUUGGUUGCGUGGGUUUAUCAUGUUGCUAUGUGAAAUUUGCAUGUUCCUAAUGUAUUCAUGUUAGACUUAUGUAAAUUUUUUAUGAAUCGGGUGUUUGUAUGACAAAAUUAGUGCGAAGCUCUAGACAAAAAUAAAGAAUCGGGUGUUAUUUCUAUAGGACCCCAACCGUUCCCUCAGGACCCCCUAUUACCCCCAUCUAACCUGCCUUCCCAACUUCACCGAGAUCAUUGGCGUGCUAUACGUACGCGACAAAGCCGAGGCAAUCGCGUGCAAGAUUGGUACAACUAUCGUCUAAGCUCAGCGAAUAUGGGUCAACUUGUCAACGAUAUAGACCGUAUAUUUGAAGAUCAAACCACGGUCUUUAAGUUAAAUCUCUCCUUUGGUUUCGUAUUGUUUAAUAACGAGACGCAACAAAUGCAAUACCACCACCCCUCAGCAAAUAACAACCGUGUUUUCGACUCCCCAUUCCAAAUCCAUAAUCGUGAAGAUUUGGUCCAAGUGCGUAGAGCGUUGGAAAACAUCGACAUUCAUGAAUGGGCUCGACAACAGCGUCCCAACUCGAAAUGGAUUGUCAUGGAUUUCACCAACGUUACCUUCUACGUCACCAAACUUCGAGACCAUCCCAUAGGUCGCAGUGUCCGCCUACCCAAAUACGUACUGGAGAGUCGUGCCAUCGUGUCGUUGGAUUGUGAUGAUAAUACAGGCUUACCAUACGAAGACAAACUUUGUUUCUUCCGUUGUUUGGCCCUACACCGUGGUUGCCACCCCAAAAAUUUAGAACGUGAUACUCAUCAUUAUUAUGAACAAUAUUCGGAAGAUGAUGAAUUUGAUGGUGUUACCCUAGAGGAACUACCGGAACUGGAAAAGUUGUUCGAGUUAAACAUUUACGUGUAUCGCCUUACAGAGUUACAUGACGAAGAUAACGACACAACCUCCAUUGUGGCUCAACUGAUACAGCGAUCCCACCGUAGAUAUGCCAAUUCGAUGUAUCUGAACCUCUACGGUAGUCACUUCAGCUACAUUAAGAAUUUGGCUAUGUAUUCCAAGUCCUACUGUUGUUGCAAAUGUGACAAGAUGUGGAAGACGGCAAAGGCCUUGAACCAACACGAGCGAACAUGCGAAGCAACUAUACGUCACAUCUUCCCUGGUGGUGCCUACAGAGUUCCACAAACCAUAUUCGAUUUGUUGGCCGACGAAGGAAUCGAGAUCCCUGACGAUCUAAAGUACUUCCCUUAUCGUGCCACCUUUGACUUUGAGUGUUAUUUCAAACGUGAAACCGAACAUCCACGAAAUACAGCAAAGUUGAUGUGGGAAGCCGAACAUAUCCCCUUGAGUGUCUCUGUUUGUUCAAACGUCCCUGGUUAUGAUCAACCCAAAUGCUUCGUCUCGUCUGGCAGUACAAGUGAAAUGAUCCAACAGUUCGUGGAAUAUUUGGUUGAGGUCAGCCAAGAAAGUUAUGGAUUGUUGCUGGACCAAUUCUCUGACGUUUUUCGUCAAAUUGAUGAACGAGUUAAUGAGGUAUAAUUCAUACGUAUUAGAUUCUUAGUAUAUUUCUUAUCCUUAAUAUUUUUUCUUAUAUCUUUAGGUAGGGGAAAACGAGGUUAUGGAAGUUGUCGCGGGGGAGGACAAUGAGGUAAAUUAUAGGAAGGUUAUAUUUGCACUUAUAUUCUUUAUAUUCUAAUAUAUCUUAUGUUUUAGCAAAAUACAGAGGAACAGAUGAUAGAGGAAAUGGUGGGAUGUUUGAUGGGGCUGAAUGAUGAGGUAUAUAACAUAAGGUUUGAGCUCAACAGUGGUCUUUCCAGUGCUUACCAUAUGUGUACCUUUUAGGUGAGUGAAGAUGAAGACGAAGUGGAUAAAGAUAAAGACGUUGAAGAGAGAGUAAGUAUCACACUCAUGAUCCAUUUUAGCGGUUGUUAUAUAGAUUAGUAGGGAUGUGCAAGUAUCUUGCUUUUUACUUAUGACACCUUUUCAUUUAUUUAGGAUGUGGUCCAUCCUCUACUCAAACUCCAAGAUAAAUUGUCAGAAUACUUACAAGAGCUACCAAUUCUUGGGUUCAACUCUGGUAAAUAUGAUAUUAACGCUGCGAAAAACCCCUUCUUUUCACAUCUCGUCAAACACGAACAAGUUAAGUUUGUGAUAAAGAGGAACAAUAACCACAUGUGUCUUAAGACUCAGCACUUAAAAUUCCUCGAUAUCACAAACUAUCUGGCUCCGGGAUUUAGUUACGAACAGUUCCUCAAAGCGUACGAGUGCUCCCAGACCAAAGGCUACUUCCCGUACGAGUGGGUCGACUCCCUCGACAAACUCAAUCAUUGCUCCUUACCACCACGCGAAACCUUCCAUUCCACUCUAUCCGGAACCGACAUCACCGAUGAACAGUAUGAGUAUUGCCAGGGUGUAUGGGACGAACAGAAUAUGACAACUUUCCGCGACUUUCUCGUGUGGUAUAACAACCUUGACGUAGUCCCCUUCCUUGAAGCAAUUGAUAAAAUGAGUAAUUUCUGGCAAGAAAGGAACAUUGAUAUGUUUAAGGACGGUGUGAGUGUGCCUGGCUUAACUAUGAAAUAUUUAUUUUCAAACAUUCCAGGCACCUACUUCUCCUUGUUCAGCGAGAAGGACAAGGAUAUGUAUUAUUCAAUGAAGGAUAAUAACGUAGGGGGCCCCAGCAUUAUCUUUAACAGAUACCACGAGAAAGAGAAAUCAUCCAUACGGAAGGAAGAAAUGCGAGCCAGAGGAAAAGAAUCGAAACCCUGCAAGAAUGUAGUUGGUUACGAUGCCAAUGCGCUCUACUUGUGGGCCAUCAUGCAAGACAUGCCAACGGGACAGUACACAAGACGGUUAGAGGAGGACGGGUUUAAGAAACGGUGGAGUGGAAAAAUGGCGAUCGAAUGGUUAGAAUGGCAAGCGUACAGUCGCGGUAUUAGUAUCAGACACGAGUACAACAACACGGAGAAAAGAAUUGGCACUCGUCGUCUCCCUGUUGACGGUUUUCACGCUGAAUCACAAAUGGUGAUUCGGUUUCAUGGCAAGUUGUUGUUUUAGUGUAAUUAGUUAAGAUUAAUUAGCUAGGAUUAAGUUAAUUGUGUGGGAGUGAGCUAAUGAGUUUUUAGCGAUUGCGUGGGCCUGUAGGAUAACUUUAUUUUUCUUUUGUAGGUUUAACUGUAUUACACUUUAUUUUAAUAGGAUGUUAUUGGCAUGGGCACAACUGUCAUCUGAACGAAGGGAAAGAAGUCAACGAGAAGCGUGAUAAGCCGAUGAAGGAACUCCUUGAAGAGACCCAAAGAAACAGCGCCUAUAUCAAGAAGCAGGGAUUCAAUCUCGUUGAAUGUUGGGAAUGUGAGUGGCGAGAGAUGAAGAAACGAAACACCGCGCUGCAACGAUUCAUUGCCACGCAACUUCGCCGACCCCUAGACAAAGUAAAAACGAUGACAACUCGAUCAAUUGUCAACGCUGUGAAGAAUGAUACGUUAUUUGGCUGUGUCGAGUGUGAUAUCCACGUACCUGAGAGUUUGCGAGAAUACUUCAAAGAGAUGUGUCCAAUAUUUAAAAACACAGAAAUACGUCGAGAGGAUAUUGGUGAGUUCAUGAAGAGCUAUGCCGAAGAAAACAACAUCAUGCCCCGACCUCGGCGGAGUCUCAUUGGAAGUAUGAUCGGAAAGAAGAUAAUGUUGGCAACUCCUCUUCUAAAAUGGUAUUUAGAACAUGGUUUAGAGGUACGUUUUAAAUAUUAAAAACUUGUAAAAUUGCUGGAGAAAAUUUUUAACAAAUUGUAUUAUCGUUUUAGGUAACACACGUCUACCAGAUAGUCGAGUAUACCCCUAAGCCAUGCUUCAAACCUUUCGGUGACGCUGUAUCGGAUGAUCGUCGUGCUGGUGAUGCAGGCCCCUCCAAAGCCAUCAUCGCGGACACGAUGAAAUUGGUCGGGAAUAGGUGAGUUUUAAAAUCACGCUGUCUUGACGUAUUCAAGAAAUACUCAUUUUUUUGUAUUUCUAUACAGCUCAUACGGGAAGACCAUCACCAACAAAGAGCGUCAUCGCAAGGUGGAUUACUGCUACGAUGACGAGGUCUCUGAAUUAAUCAACUCACCAUUCUACCGCCAAAUGAACGUGAUCGACGAUGACACCUACGAAGUGGAAAGUGCUAAGAAGAAAAUAAAGUUGGACUUACCACUACAGGUAUGUAUUGCAUGAUCAUUUUGUCAUUAGAAAUAUAAAUUAAUAAAUUAUUCUUAUUUUACAGGUGGGGUUCUUCGUGUACCAGUAUGCGAAACUCCGAAUGUUACAGUUUUACUACGACUGUUUAGAUACAUACCUUGACCGUUCCGAUUAUGAGUAUUGCGAGAUUGACUUUAUUAUUGACUUUAUUAAAAACGGUACUAUUUCACCAAGAUAUUUAUAAAAAUUAAGACAGGUGAUCUUCCAAUAGGCCGUAUAUAACUAUACUAAUUACACAUAUACUACAGUAUCUAAUAACAAUAACUAAAUUACACGCAAAUUACACACUUACAGUUAGACUAUUUUUAAAUGUAGAGAUAGGCAUGUAGUAAAACACUGACUACCGGAACACCGGAACACCACCGGAACACCGGAACACCACCAUUUUGUUUGGGGUUAGGGUUUGGGGUUAGGGUUAGGGUUGGGGGUUAGGGUUGGGGUUAGGGGUUAGGGUUGGGGUUAGGGUUAGGUGGUGUUCCGGUGGUGUUUCGGCGGUGUUCCGGUGGUGUUCCGGUGUUCCGGUAGUCAGUGUUUUACUACAUGCCGUAGAGAUACUUGUUUUAGCUUUUAUGUCAGCAGACAGAUUAUUCCAAGUCUCAGCUCCUCGAUAGGCGAAAGACUUUUUCAUAAAAUUAGUUUUAGGUUUAGGUAAUGCAAAAUUGAAUUCGCUUUGUCUUGUAUUGUAAUUAUGUAUUUCAUUUGAGGUGAUGAAAAGUUCCGUUAAGCAAUUUGGUAACAUGUUAUGUUUGGCUUUGAACAUUAGGACGGCUAAAUGAUGUUUUCUUCUAGUCACGAGAUUUGGAAAACCGACCUUGUUCAAAACAUCGAUUGUACGUGUAUCAUAGUUUUCACGAGUUAUUAUUCGAAAUGCUCUAUUUUGAAGCUUCUGGAGUUUAUCAGAUAGUACUUUACCCAAACAACCCCAAAUCUGUGAGCAAUAGUCGAAAUGUGGUUGAAUUAUUGAUAAAUAAAUUUUGAUCAGUGUUUGGUAAUCUAGAAUGUCUCUCAAUCUUUUAAGGAUACUGAGACCUGAAUUAACCUUUUUUGUAAUUUGAUCAACUUGAGCAUUCCAUGAGAGUGUUUCGUCAAUCAUUAAGCCGAGUGAUUUGGUCGUUUUGACUCUAUUAAUUUCUCUGUCUUUUAUGAAUAUAUUAGGCGUUAUGUUAAUAUGAUUGACAUCCGGUGUACCGCAGGCCUGGUUUAAGAGAGGCGUUUGAGAACGAUAAAUGUAACUGGUUUCCUCGUUCCGAUACAACUGAACAUGCGAAAUACGACAGGAGAAAACCGGGAUUGUUUAAAGUGGAGUGGGAAGGGGAUGGAAUUGUAUCUUUAUGUAGUAAGACGUAUUAUUGUUUGGGGGAGAACGAUAAAUAUAGUUGCAAGGGUGUAAAUAAGAAAAAUAAUGUAAUUAAUAAAGAUAAAUAUUUAGAAGUACUUUUAAGUAAACGUAGUGGGUCGGGUGUAAAUAGGGGUUUUAGGGUUUUAAAUAAUACUAUGUGUACAUACAGUACUGCCAAGAAAUAACUUAUCAAAAACCGCGUCCAAGACGCGGGUAUCUUGCGUCUUCUGUGCGUCCACGGGCGCCUGCGGGUGCGUCCGUCCUGCGGGCGCCGUGCGCCCGUCCUGCGUCCACUGUGCGUCUGCGGGCGCUUGCGUCCACUGUGCGGGCGCCAUGCGUCCGCUUUGCGUCUGCGGGCGAGGACGCAGCUGAGAUAGAGUUCUAUUCGUAUCGUCGUCGGAAAUUAUCGCGUUUCGCUUUUCAUAAACAAACCGUGGGCGUCGGAAAAUAUUCAUGUUAGCGAUUUCACACCACGUUUUUUAUGCUUAUACACCAGCGUUACAGACCUAGAAUCCUAGAUAUUUAUAUUUCUAAUAUUAAACUUACCGUGAAUUUUCAGAAUUUGUGCUUCGUAAAGUUCCUUUUUGUAUUUGAUCUCUACUUUCGCACCUUCGUAUAACGUUUGGUUUAAACCCAGUAAUCUUUUAAUAGUAGGGUCAAAGCCUUACGCCCCGUGACCAACCUUGGGCUAGUAAAGUUUUAUGAUUUAUUUUCAUUAUCUAGGGUAUUUAUGACAAAAUAAGAUUCCAUGCCGGUCUUCAAAAUCUGGGCAAAAGUCUGCAGAGCAAAAAAAUUUUAAAUUAG